GAACACAUGAGACGAGGGCCAGAAUUUCAAAUAGAUAGCAAGUCUGCUGUUCCGUAGCUGUGCCCUGAAGACAUAUAUUAGUCUCUCUUCAUCGUACAUUUUCCCGUUUUCUCACCCUAUCUUCACGCCAGCAACAUCCUCCUGACGUCAUAGCAACCGCCCCGCACCAUGGCGCCCUCCAAGAGUAUCGACAUCUCCUUUGACACGUUCUACAAUAUCGUCGACGGCAAGCAGCGAUCCGGCAAGAACGUACACAAUGGCAUCAACCCGGCUACAAGUGAAAAGCUCUGGGAUGUGCCCAUUGCAACACAACAAGACGUCGACGAUGCAGUUGAGGCAGCUAGCAAGGCCUUCAAAUCCUGGUCACAAACGCCAAUUGAGAAACGCAAAGAACUGAUCUUGAAGUUCAAGGAUCUGUACGAGGGCUACCAGAAGGAGUUCACUGAUCUUAUGUGCAAGGAGACCGGAAAGCCCCGUGCCUUUGCUGGCUCGGAGGUCAGUACCGUCAUGGACUUUCUGAAAUUCCAUGCCGAGCUCGAGCUUCCGGUGCACAAGUUUGAGAACGAGACCGAGGUGGUGGAGACGACGUGGGAGCCACUGGGUGUUGUGGGUGCUAUCUGCCCGUGGAACUUCCCACUCAUCCUGUCGACUGGCAAGAUCGCUCCAGCCUUGCUCUCAGGCUGCACGAUCAUCGUUAAGCCGUCGCCAUUUACUCCAUACACAGCCCUCAAGCUUGUUGAACUCGCCCAGCAGAUCUUCCCACCAGGCGUCGUACAGGUUCUCGGUGGCGAUGACAAGCUUGGUCCGAUGCUGACGGCUCACCCUGGCAUCGCCAAAAUCAGUUUCACUGGAUCGAUUGCAACCGGAAAGAAAAUUAUGGAGGCCUGCGCGAAAACUCUAAAGCGUGUCACCCUCGAGCUAGGUGGUAAUGACCCAUGCAUCGUCUAUCCUGACGUAGACAUGGACAAAACCGUACCUGAGGUGACAAUGGGUUGCUUCUUCAACUCUGGCCAGGUCUGCGUCGCCACAAAGCGCGUGUACAUCCACGAAUCUAUCUACGAGGAGUUCGUUAAGCGUAUGGUUGCCUUUACCAAGAACAUCAAAGUCGGCAUGUCCGACGAGGAGGGUGUCUUGCUCGGCCCCAUCCAGAACUCCAUGCAGUACGAGAAGGUCAAACAAUUCUUUGCUGACAGCAAGGAGAAGGGCUAUAAAUUUGCUGCAGGCGAGCCAGAUGUUGCCCCAAGCAAGGGCUUCUUCAUCCAACCAACCAUCAUUGACAACCCACCAAACGACAGUCGCAUCAUCCAGGAGGAACCUUUUGGUCCAAUAGUUCCAACGCAGCCAUGGUCUGACGAGGAGGAGGUGAUUGCUCGUGCAAACAACACCAAUGCCGGCCUUGGUGCCUCUAUCUUCUCCAAGAACAUUGAGCAAGCGAAGAAGACUGCCAAACGCAUCGAAGCAGGCAAUGUGUUCAUCAAUAGCUUCACGAAGCCAAUUCCACAAGCUUUCUUCUCUGGUCACAAGGAAAGUGGUGUUGGUGGCGAGUGGGGACCAUACGGUGUCCUCGCAUACUGCAAUGCUAAGGCUAUCCACGUAUACAAAUAAAUAGCAGGACUGAUGUGUAGAAUAUCAACAGUUCCGAAAAUUGAAAAUGAUACCUAAAUAGCAAAACCGUAAUUGGCUUUUCUUUUG